AUGCAGGGUUUCAAUAUGGGGCGGUACAUCCCGCCCGACCAAGAAGGUCUAACAACAUCCAACAAGCUCGCCAACAAACACCCGCUCGGCGCGCGCGCGCGACACCUCCAGAGUAAAGGCGCCUUGAUUGUGCGCUUCGAAAUGCCCUUCGCAGUAUGGUGUACGAACUGCUCCCCGGAGAACAUCAUCGGGCAAGGUGUGCGUUUUAAUGCGGAGAAGAAGAAAGUCGGGAACUACUACUCGACCCCGAUAUACAGCUUCCGCAUCAAGCACACGGUUUGUGGGCAGUGGAUUGAGAUUCGCACCGAUCCGAAGAAUACGGCCUAUGUUGUUGUUGAGGGUGGAAGGAAGAGGGAUUUCGGGGUUGAUGAGGAAGGGAGGGGUGUCGGGGAGAUUAUGGUUGGCCGGAAGGAUGGGUCUGGUUCUGGCGCUUCAGAUGAUCCGUUUGCAAAGCUGGAGGGGAAAGUUGAGGAUAAGAAAGUCGUCGAUGAGACCCGGGGUCGGAUAUUGGAGUUACAGCGGAGGCAGAAUCGGGAUUGGGAUGACCCGUAUGAGGUGUCGAGGCGGUUGAGGAAGGGGUUUAGGGCUGAUCGAAAGGUGUUGGAGAAGAAUGAGGCUGGGAAGGAGGCACUGAAAGACAAGAUGAGUUUGGGGAUUGAUAUUGCGGAUGAAGUGGAGGAGGAUACGCUCCGGGCUGCGAUGGUUGACUUUGGGGAAGAUGAUACUGGCGGUGAUGCUGUACGGGGCGUGCGUACGAAGCCGAUGUUUCACCAGUCGUCUUCGUCUCUCUCGAAAAGUAGCGGCGGUGUUCAUGACAAGACAAGGAAGAAUGGGAAACGGAAAACGGCGGAUCUGAUUGCGGAACGGAAGGCUUCGUUUCGCAGUGCGCUGGCUGGGAAUACACGCGCUGCGGUUGACCCAUUUCUCAACGGUGACAAUGUAUGGGAACCGGGGGUUAAGAAGAGAAAAGUCUCAUGGAAGACAGAAGGGAGAAGAACGAUUGAACGUGGUACUGAUGGUGACCCCCAGUCUACUACGAGCGAUGUCUCGGAGAUGCCGGAUACGACAGAAAAGAGCCAGGUCACCCCUACUGCUCUCGUUGAUUACGGGUCAGACUCGGAGUGA